UUUUGAAAUUUUGACUGCGAGACCGCGACACACGCGACGCCCAACUUAGAACUGCAUUAAACCCAAUCCCAUAUUCAAGAUCACUUCGCACACCUUUUUAAGUCUUCUCGUCAACAUACCAACUUUCAAGAACAGCAUCACUUGAAUAUUGUAUUCGUUUUUACUACAUUAUUGAUGACUGGUUCCGGUCUUUUUUAACUUGCAGUUUUCAACUCUCUUUGUUCGCAGCCACUUUUACCAUCAUUCUCGUCCUUUCUAUCGACUCCCGACUAUACACACACCGCGCUUCUAAUUCCCAAACACCCUUUUCGUUUCUAUGAAGAUUUGUAUCAAGGCAAUGUGCAAUUUUUCAUAGAUCUAUUUUAUUACAAUAUGGCUACAGAUUGGAACAAGCUCAAGGUCGUCGACCUAAAGUCGGAAUUGAAGCGUCUUGGCCUACCGCAAAAUGGCCUAAAGGCGGACUUGGUAGCACGCCUAGAAGCUGCCGAUUCCGAAAAAGCUGUUUCCCAAUCUCCGGAUGAAGCCCCUGAAGAGCUCGAGGCAAUUAAUGGGGAGGCACAACCGGUGGAGAUAGCCCCUGAAGCAACGGAAGCUCCAGAAGUAACGGAAGCUCCAGAAGUUUCCGAGUCAAGUCCUCCUGAUGAAUCUCCUAAGCAGUCCGAAGCCGAAGCCGAAGCUGUACCAGCGCAGGAAGUAUCCGCACCCGCCGUUACUGAGACGCAAGCCGCUCUAGAAUCACCGGCCAGCGAGACGCCGCUACAAAUCACCGAACUAAUACAGGAUUCACAAAAGCGAAAGCGAAGAUCUCUCAGCCCUGCGCCAUCCGCCGACGGAGUAGCGCAUAAGAGAGCUAGACAAGAGAGUCGAAAUAGCCAGGAAGAUCGCGUCGCAAGCUCGGUCGAAGAGAAAGUUGAUGCAGUGGUAGAACCUCAAGAAGAAAAGAAGGAGAGCGCAAUCCAGACUCCCCCCGAUAUCGAGAUGGAGGGCGUCCAGAAUGAAGCUCCAAUCGAGCGCGAACAGAGCAACGGUGUCGUUCAGUCAACACCAGCAGAUGAUGCUAACCCCGACGUUCAAAAUGGACAUGCUGUAGAAGUGGUAACGAACAAGACUCAGGCAACCUUCGAAGAAACCCCCGAAGAUGAGCCUUCUCGAGAACAACCUUACGCCGCACACCCGGCUGAGAUAGAACGAGACGUAGAGCCGUCCAUCCACCCCGCAACCUCUGCACUGUACAUUAAGAACUUUAUGAGACCUCUUCGACCGCAGGCAGUCAAGGACCACCUGUUAGACCUCGCUACGCCGAUGGGUGCUCCCAUCGAAGAAGGUACUAUUGUUGACUUCUAUCUUGACACUAUCCGAACACACGCGUUUGUUGUGUUCAACACCAUCUCAUCUGCCUCAAGGGUACGUACCGCACUUCACAACCGCGUCUGGCCCGACGAAACCAACCGCAAGGCUUUGUGGGUUGACUUCAUUCCGUCAGAGCGCUUCGCGAAGUGGGUUGAUAUGGAGCAGACAUCCACCGGAGGGCGCGGUUCGACUAAUCGCUACGAGGUCAUGUAUGACAACGAUGAAGACGGUAACGUAAUUGUCAAACUUGAAGAAUUCGACGGCGCCGGCCCUACUACGAAGCAGGCACCUCCAGCACCAGAACCUCAGCCCGAACGCAAACCUUCCAUUCCCACCGGCCCUUCCCGACCAUUCCCGGGCGUUGAAGGCGCGCCCACAGGCCCACGCAAUUUCAAUUCGACCCGUGCACCCGCAUCACACCCGAGCAGAGCGGGAAGACUAGAACAGCCCGGCCAAUCGACGAACGCGCGCCCUAGCGUUACAUACCAGCCCGUCCCAGACGAGCUGGUCAGACGACGACUUGACACCAUCGCAGCAGCCAAGACCAAGGAUUUCGAUCGAGACUUCGGCAAGGAGUACAAGCGCUACUACUUUGAGAACGGCGAGACGCUCGUUGACAGAGGCCCAGAGAUUUUCCUUGGCAUCCGCCCGCCGCACAGGGAGCGCCAGCGCGAGCGCGAGCAGAGACGCGAGCCAGGACGUGAGCCGGCACGUGAACCAGCCCGCGAACCAGCCCGCGAACCCGGACGUGGUCGCCGAGGCGGUGGCAGACGACGUGGCGGCAUGCCCAUCUUCCACGGCGUCCCUCGAGGCGGCGACCGAUUCCGACCCGGAGACUCCUCCGCAUCCGGCCCCAACGGACGCUCGCGAUACGCCGACGACAGAGGGAGCCGUCGCGACGGCCACGGCCACGGCCGAGAUAGGCCAAGUCGGCGAGAUAGCUACAGCCGUUACUAACUAACCCGCUAGGAGACGGACUCGAGGUUGAGCGCCCAAGUGAGUUACGUGAGUUAUUGCUGGUUUGCUAAAUACGUGAGAGUGCCUGUAUACUGUAUAUGAAAACAAAAUAAUCAACCAGAAACGUACCACGCGUGAGAGCGUUCGCGGAAAGUCUUAAAAAAAAAGAGUAAAGGUCUAAAGCAUUUACGGAGUACAGAGAGAAAGCACAUACGGAAACAGCAUCGCAAAGGCAGAACGGGACGGACGCAUCGACGCAUUUGUAUAAGGAGGGAGGGAAGGAAGGAUACCCAGUCCGAGAGCAAGCAAGUUAGCAAAGCAAAGCAAAGCAAAGCCUAGCCUAGCCCAACCCAGCCCUAUUGGCAAAUGGCAUCACGAGUUACUACAAGACAGACGGACGCCUAGCUAUGUAGGUAGUAUAGGCAAAUGCGCAAGGCGCGUGCUAAUAGAGGACGUUUCAUUCCAAAAAAAAAAAACCCCCCAAAUUGAAGACGGUGGCUUAACC